UGUGGCCGCCGCGGGAGAAGGGGAGGACCGAGCCGGCAGCUGCGGACGCCGGCCUGUAUUAAGCCUCUCGCCCGCCCUUGCCAGUUCCCGCAUGGUGCCGAUUUCUCACUAAGCGGCGGCGGCGGCGGCGAGGCGUGAGGGACGCACGGCGGGGGCGGCUCGGGGUCGAGGCUUCCCGUCGCCCUCACUUCCUCCUGCGGCGCCCGUGCGUGGCCGUCUCGGCCGGCGGGAUGGCGGCGGCGGCGGCCCGGGGGAGUGGCCGCGCAUCGGCGCCCCGGCUGCUUCUGCUCCUGCUGCUCGCGCUGCUGUGGGCCCCGACCGGCGUAGGCGCUGUUCCCGACGAAGACCUUAGCCACCGGAACAAGGAACCGCCGGCGCCUGCCCAACAGCUGCAGCCGCAGCCCGCGGCAGUGCAGGGCCCCGAGGCAGCCCGGGCCGAGAAAGGAUUUACACCAGCUGCCCCGGUUCAUGGCAAUAAAGAAGAUCCGGCUGCCCAAACGAACUUGGGAUUUAUCCAUGCGUUCGUCGCCGCCAUAUCGGUUAUCAUUGUAUCUGAGCUGGGCGACAAGACAUUUUUCAUAGCGGCCAUCAUGGCCAUGCGCUAUAACCGGCUGACGGUGCUGGCGGGGGCCAUGCUCGCCUUGGGCCUGAUGACGUGCCUGUCAGUUUUGUUUGGCUAUGCCACCACAGUCAUCCCCAGGGUGUAUACAUACUAUGUUUCAACUGCAUUAUUUGCCAUUUUUGGCAUUAGAAUGCUCCGAGAAGGCUUAAAGAUGAGUCCAGAUGAAGGUCAAGAGGAACUGGAAGAAGUUCAAGCGGAAUUAAAGAAAAAAGAUGAAGAAUUUCAAAGAACCAAACUCUUAAAUGGACCAGGAGAUGUUGAAACGGGUGCAAGCACGACGCUACCUCAGAAAAGAUGGCUGCAUUUUAUCUCACCCAUCUUUGUUCAGGCCCUUACAUUGACAUUCUUAGCAGAAUGGGGUGAUCGCUCACAACUAACUACAAUUGUUUUGGCAGCUAGAGAGGACCCGUAUGGUGUAGCAGUGGGUGGGACAGUGGGCCACUGCCUAUGCACCGGAUUGGCAGUGAUUGGAGGAAGAAUGAUCGCACAAAAAAUCUCUGUCAGAACUGUGACAAUCAUAGGAGGCAUCGUAUUUUUGGCGUUUGCAUUUUCUGCACUGUUCAUAAGUCCCGAUUCUGGUUUUUAACAAGCCGUUUGCUCAUUUGUAUUUUGUUAAGAUAGGUAACUCUUAUGUUUAUAUAUAUAGUGUACAUUAUAACUAAAAGUGACAGAAAAGACUGUAUUUUGUAGCAUUGAUUUGCGAGUUGUCCAAAAGAAAUAAUCAUUGAUUUUUUUUCAACAUGGAUUUUUCAAAGAAACCUGAUAUCCAAGUGUGGGUUUUUCUUUUCUCCAGCACAAUUAUGUUAAUAUGAUCGCUGUUUCUUUUCUUUUAGU